AAGUAUAGUACACACGUAUUACACUUUUUUUUUUCAGAUUGCUCUGUACUUUCCAAAUUAAAAAAUAAAAUGGAGUCAGCUAUGGCUGAAGGAUUAAGAAGUAGAUCAUCAAGUCUAAAACCAAUAGAAACAAAGAGGAAAGCCAUCGAAGAGUACGAUGUGGUGACUGUGGAAGACGAGCCGUUGAGUCCAACAGCUCGUCUUUUUCACGAUUCGAGGUUUGAUCUCCAUGCCCUUGCCGUUAUGGGUUUCGAAAAUCGGCUCUCGCCACAGCUUGUGAAGGACAAGUUGGUGCAUACUUUGCUUAAGCAUCCUCGUUUUACUAGCUUGAUGGUUGUUGAUGAAGAAAAUUUAGAAGCCAUGAAAUGGGUCCAAACAAAGAUUGAUUUGGACCAACAUGUUAUAAUAGUUGAAGUGGAUGAAACUCAGCUGGAAUCACCAGACAAAUUUGUAGAGGAUUAUAUUUACAAUCUUAGCAAAACAAGCCUCGACAAAUCCAAGCCACUUUGGGAAAUUCACAUUGUCAAUGUCAAAACUCGUGAUGCUGAGUCUGUAGCCGUGUUUAGGAUCCACCAUUCUCUAGGCGAUGGCACCUCCCUUAUUUCUCUUCUACUUGCGUGUACUCGUCAAACUUGUGAUGAUCUCAAGCUUCCUACCAUUCCAACCAAGAAAAGGAGACCUACCCCUUCAGGUUAUUCAGAAAAGGAAGGGUUGUUCAAAUUGUUGGGGGCCUUUUGGCUUUUCAUCAGAAUGCUUGUGAAUACAACCAUGGAUGUUUUCAUGUUCAUCAUCACAAUCAUCUUCCUCAAAGAUACAAUAACACCGAUCAGUAUUGAGCCUGAUUUAGAAUCUAAUAAAGCUAGACGAGUCGUUCAUCGGAUAAUUAGUCUAGAUGAUUUGAAGUUUGUGAAAAAUGCUAUGAAUGUUACUAUAAAUGAUGUUGCACUGGGAUUAACACAAGCUGGUUUAUCCAAAUAUCUCAACAGAAGAUAUGGUGUUGGUGGAAAAGACAAGGGAGCCACAGAGAGAAACAACAAUCUUCCCAAUGACAUUCGACUUCGGUCCUGUCUUGUUUUUAACCUAAGAUCCUCCGCAGGAAUUGAAGAUCUAGCCGAUAUGAUGGAGAACGGAAGCAAAGGGAAGCGAGGUUGGGGAAAUUGGUUCGGUUAUGCGUUGUUACCGUUCAAGAUUGCACUACGAGAUGAUCCUUUAGACUAUGUGAAAGAAGCUAAAACGACAGUUGAUCGCAAGAAGCGAUCCUUUGAAGCUUUGUUCACUUUGACCAUAGCCGAAUUAUUAAUCAAUGUUUUUGGCAUCAAGGUAGCUACAACUGUGACUUUCAGAGGAUUCUCAAAUUCAACAAUAUGCUUCACCAAUUUAGUUGGACCACAGGAAGAAAUUGGGUUCUGUGGCAACCCCAUUACUUAUUUAGCUCCAAGUGCUUAUGGGCAGCCAAGUGCCUUGAUGAUCAAUUUCCAAAGCUAUAUUAAUAAGAUGAUCAUCGUCGUAUCUGUUGAUGAAAAUGCUAUUCCUGAUCCACAACAAUUGCUUGAUGAUUUUGAAGAAUCUUUUAAUCUCAUAAAGGAUGCUGUCAAGAAUCUGAAAUGAUCAAGAAAAAUCCAAUCAAACAAGGUUGUAUAAGUAAUUUUACUAUAUUAAAGAACUUUUAUGUUAAUAAUUCACCAGCACUUGCAAUAAUUCUCUUUAACUAUGCUUAAUUUCAAUUUGAUAUGAAAGAACAUCGUACUA